AUGGCCUUCUUCAAGAGCAUCUGGAAAAAUAGCUCCAAGCACAAGAAACUGUGUGAGGAGCUUGCUCUUGCAAACAGUAUACGGGACUUUUCCGAAAAUCACGAUGAACUCGAGGACGGAUCGAACGAAGCCAUCAGCUACAGUGUCAAGUACUUGGGUAAUACCCCGGUGCCAACUCCACGGUCCGAGAAUGCUACGGCUGAAGCGGUCAAAAGCAUCAUAACGGCAGCCAAAGGUAACAAGAAACUUCAACGUGUCUCGCUAUCAAUCUCACCCAAAGGCAUCGAAAUGAUCGACACCGGUACCGGUGAAACGCUGCUACAGGUGUCGAUCUAUCAAAUCUCCUACUGCUCGGCCGAUGCCAACCACGAUCACGUGUUUGCCUUCGUUGGCUGCACGCUCAGUUCCGAGGCGGAAGUGAAGGAGAUGUGUUUCCGUCGCACAGCCGAAGAGAUCAAUCUCGAGGGACCGCUCGUUUGCCAUGCUUUCUUGUGCCAGAAGCGAAAAAUGGCCCAAACCGUCACGCUUACCGUAGCGCGCAGCUUCGAGCGUGCGUUCCAGAUCUGGCAAAGCAAGCAGUUCCAUGCGGAACGCAAGCGCAAGGAUCUGGAGGAGCGGAUGGAGCGGGAGCUCCAUCGGGGCAGUCAGGAAUUGGUGCAGAAAGGCGAGCAGCGUGCUGAAAGCGAAUGUCGCAGUUUGUUGAUCGACUUUAACUCCGAUCUGACGGAAAUUUGCUCCGAUGCACAGCAUCAUCGGGAGCUUUUGCAAAACACUUGGGUAUCAUUUGAAGAUGAUCAAAAACCACAAGAGUUUCUCGCGGUGCCAACAUUAACGUCCACCUCCGGUUGGAGUGGGAUGGCCAUCUGUUCGAACUGAGCACUGC